AUGCACUCUAUGAAUUAUUCAAUUCUGUGUAUUUCAGAAGAAGAAUUGCAACGUAUUUUGGCGUAUUUUACUUCUCAGAUAAAAAUGGUCGAAGCUGCUAUUGGAACAGCUAGAAGGAAAAGGGCCUCCCCUAUCUCUGCUUCUCUUCCAAACAUAGAGUCUACCUACUUCUUGGAUAGAAUAGGAGCACUGAAGAAGUCGUUGGCGAAUCGAAACGAGACGAAGACAAGCGAAAAUGUAGAUGCCAGUCCGAAAUUCAGGAACGAAAAUAACUUUCCACCUGUCCUUCAAAUCAACGAUAGCCUGCAGGACUGUAAACGUUUAACACAGCCUGAACUCGUAGCCGAACUAAAGCAGAGAGGUACCUACAAUCCCGAAUUGAUGGCAUGGGACGCUAUUGGUGUUAUACGGUUUCUCGAUAGGACAAUUCAUGAUCAUUAUCAACGACAGCCACCACGCAAUCGACAGCGUGAGGAAGCGUUUUCGCGUAAUGUCGAAGCCCUUGCCAGCCUCUUGAAAGAGCUCAAUGUUACCUGUGACCUCCACUCACCUUCAGUAUUGCAAAAAUUGCAGAACGCUACCUUCGGUGAGCCCCGAAGAAGCAUAAUUUCACCAUCACUUCGACGCUCAAAAAGAAAAGACCAGGUUGAGGAAAUCCUCCACGCACUCAAUAUCACAGGAAAAGUACCGCGAAGAGCUAAAGAUCAGCCUCUUACCUUAGAGGAUGAAAAUUUGACACCACGACAAAAGUUAAUAGGUGAAUCUCACAUAGUGCCAUUUGGUUGUGAUAAAAGAGGAGCGGAGGAAGAUGGGUAUUUGAGACUCUGUGGAGCAUGCCAAGUAUGA